GGAGGGGCUGGAGAAGAGGCGGCCGGCAGAGCCCCGCCGUCGCUCGCGCUGCCUCCGAGAGAGCCGGGGGAGGAAGCGAGGCGCCUCCUCUUGUCCCUCCGGGUCACCCCAGCCCCUUCUUCCCGGUCCCCGCGAAGAGAUCCGUAACGGCUGCGAAGGGGCCGGCGGCGGCCAAUGCGAAAUUGGUUGGUCCUUCUGUGCCCGUGUGUGGUCGGGGUCGUGCUGCACCUCUGGCUGCUCCUCCUCAGCUGCCCGGCGAGUGGCCCCGGGAAGCAGCACCCGGCAGGUCUACUGGCUUUCUUUCCUCAUUGGAAACCGAAACAUUAUGAUGUCAUCGUAGGGGUACUGUCUGCACGACAUAAUGAUGGGUUGCGGAAUGCUAUAAGGAACACUUGGUUCAGGCAUUUGAAGCAGCACCCAGGACUGAGUCAACGUGUCCUUGUGAAGUUUAUAAUUGGUGCACAUGGAUGUGAUGUGCCAGUAGAAGAUAGAGAAGAUCCUUAUUCAUGCAGACUUCUGAACAUCACUAACCCAGUUCUGAAUCAAGAAGUUGAAGCAUUCAAUUUGCCAGAGGAUGACACUUCAGUGCUCUUGGAAGAUAGAGUUGUCAGUGUGCAUUUCAAAGUCCUUUACCCGAUUGUCAUCACCAGUCUUGGGGUGUUCUACGAUCCUGAGGAUGUAGGAUUCCAGAGAAACAUAACAGUGAAACUAUACCAGGCAGAACAGGAGGAGGCGCUCUUCAGCGCUCGCUUUAGUCCAGCUAGCUGUGGAGUGCAAGUAAACAGACUCUGGUAUAAACCUGUAGAACAGUUCAUUCUGCCUGAGAGUUUUGAAGGCACUAUUGUGUGGGAGAGCCUGGAUCUGCAAGGCCUAGUUUCUAGAAAUCUUCACAAAGUGAUGGUGAAUGAUGGCGGAGGUGUCUUCAGAAUCACUACGGCAGGGGAAGGGUCAUUGCCACAUGAAUUUACACAAGGCGUGGAAGGGAUUGCCGGAGGCUUUAUUUACACAAUUCAAGAGGGUGAGGCACUCCUAAAAAGCCUACAGAGUCGCCCUGAAAGAUUCACACAUCAUAUAAAUAAACUUGAAGAGGAAGAUGCCUUAUUGAAAGUAGAAAGCAACACUUAUGAUGAUAUUGUUUUUGUUGAUGUAAUUGAUACAUACAGAAAUGUUCCAGCCAAAUUAUUGAACUUCUAUCGAUGGACAGUAGAAGCAGCUAGUUUCAAUGUAUUGCUGAAGACGGAUGAUGACUGCUACAUAGAUUUGGAGGCUGUGUUCAACAGAAUAAAGCUUAAAAACUUAGGCAGACCAAAUACUUGGUGGGGAAAUUUCAGAUUAAAUUGGGCCGUUGACCGCACUGGGAAGUGGCAAGAGCUAGAGUAUCCAAGUCCUGCAUACCCAGCCUUUGCUUGUGGAUCUGGUUAUGUAAUUUCCAAAGACAUUGUAGAAUGGCUUGCAAGAAACUCAGAGAGAUUAAAGAUAUAUCAGGGUGAAGAUGUGAGUAUGGGUAUUUGGAUGGCAGCCAUUGGGCCAAAACGCUAUCAGGACGAUCUCUGGUUGUGCGAGAAGACAUGUGAGAGUGGUAUGUUGUCCUCUCCACAGUAUUCUUCGGAGGAACUUGUAGAGCUCUGGAAAGUCAAGGAACGUUGUGGAGAUCCCUGCAAAUGUGAUGAAAGAUGAACACUGGCCCAACCAUGAGAAAACUAGUUUUCAGUGAUAACAGGAAAGGCUCUCAGUGGUUUCUGAAAAGUAUUACCUUUCAUAAGACACAUCAUCUGUCUCCUGUGUAGUUUGUCACUUGUGACAAAUAUUUAGUGUGGGUAAGUGGCAGUUGUGUGUAUGUCCCCCCGCCCCCAGGUUACAUGGAAAAAGAGGAAGUAUGUUUGCUGUGGGUGCCAAACUAUACAUGGAAUUCACUUAUUCUCCUAGGCGGCUUCACACAGGUAAUUUGUUUUGUGUCAAAUGGCCCUUUAACAAUGUUUUGUACAUCUUUUCUUUUGUAAAGGGAGCCUUUCCAUUUCCAUAUUCUCUAUUGGGAGUUUUACAAAGCUAAAUGUGAAGUAAAGCAAUUUUCUUUAUUAGUAAAUGACAGGUGUAGAUAAGCUUGACCUUUCAUGCAUUAAUAUGCAAAAAGAACAAGGAUUUAAGUCUAGCCUUAGGAAUGUAAGUGUACUACUGUAAAAAUAUAUACGUAAUGAGGCCCGCACUACUGUGCUAUAGAGGUUCCCAACGCAGGAGGGAAGCAUAAGUUAGUGUACCAGUAUUCUACUUAUGGGCACUAUAUAUUCUACAACUUGCUAAAGAAAGGUGGUGAAUG